GUCGUCGCAGCCGUUGUUCAUUGGAGAAGAAGAAGAAUAUAAAAAAAUAAAGAGAACACGCUCGCCACACAAAUAUCCAAAUAUUUGAGAAAUUGUAGCAGAAGGAACAAUAACAGGCUUUUUUUCUCAAAUAUUUCUUUAUUUUGUCGCGAAGCAAGUGCCGGAAUUUCAUCAAAAAUCUUCUUUACAGCUAAAAAAAAAAUAAAAAUAAAAAAAUAAUAAAUACAAAAAAUUAAACAAGGAAGAAUUAGUGAAAAAUAAUAAAAUAAAAAAUAAUAAAUAAUUAAAAAAAAGUGUAAAAAUGGCUGAUGAUUUAAGAGAAAACGAUCCUGAUUUAAAGUACUUGUCUGUGGAACGCAAUGCCUUCAAUGAUCCAGCGACACAAGCUGAAUGGACACAAAAACGUCUCGUAUGGGUCCCACACGACACUCAGGGUUUCGUCGCUGCCAGCAUCAAAGGCGAUCGCAACGAUGAAGUUGAAGUCGAAUUGGCGGAAACGGGCAAACGUAUUCUCGUGCUCAAAGACGACAUACAAAAAAUGAAUCCCCCGAAAUUCGACAAAGUCGAAGAUAUGGCGGAACUUACGUGUCUCAAUGAGGCAUCUGUGCUUCACAACAUCAAGGAUCGUUAUUAUUCGGGACUCAUUUAUACGUAUUCUGGUCUUUUUUGUGUAGUUGUUAAUCCUUAUAAAAAAUUACCAAUUUACACGGAAAAAAUUAUGGAGCGAUAUAAGGGGAUUAAGCGACAUGAGGUCCCUCCUCACGUAUUUGCAAUAACAGAUAAUGCAUACAGGUCCAUGUUACAAGAUCGUGAAGAUCAGUCUAUACUGUGUACGGGAGAAUCGGGUGCCGGUAAAACUGAAAACACGAAAAAAGUCAUCCAGUAUUUGGCAUACGUUGCAGCCUCGAAGCCCAAGGGAUCAGGAGCGGGACCAAGUCCAGCUUUAAUUAUUGGUGAAUUGGAACAACAAUUGCUACAAGCAAAUCCAAUUUUAGAAGCAUUUGGUAACGCCAAGACUGUUAAGAACGACAAUUCUUCCCGUUUUGGUAAAUUCAUCCGAAUCAAUUUCGAUGCUUCGGGUUACAUAUCAGGUGCCAAUAUCGAGACAUAUCUAUUGGAGAAAUCACGUGCCAUUCGCCAAGCAAAAGAUGAACGUACAUUCCACAUUUUCUACCAACUUCUUGCGGGCGCCUCGAAGGAAGAGCGUGAACGUUUCAUCCUCGACGACGUCAAAAAUUAUCCAUUUUUGUCGAAUGGAAGCGUUCCGGUGCCCGGAUUCGAUGAUGCCGCCGAAUUUCAAGCCACUGCCAAAAGUAUGAGUAUUAUGGGAAUGCAACAAGACGAUUUGAACAGCAUUUUCCGCGUUGUCAGUGCUGUGCUUCUCUUUGGCUCGAUGAAAUUCAAGCAAGAACGUAAUUCGGAUCAAGCAACGUUGCCCGACAACACAGUUGCGCAAAAAAUCGCCCAUUUACUUGGCUUGAGUGUCACUGAUAUGACAAAGGCCUUUUUGACGCCGCGCAUUAAGGUAGGCCGGGAUUAUGUCAGUAAGGCUCAGACCAAGGAGCAGGUCGAAUUCGCCGUUGAAGCCAUCGCCAAGGCUUGUUACGAGAAAAUGUUCAAAUGGUUGGUAACGCGCAUCAAUCGUUCACUCGAUCGCACGAAGAGACAAGGCGCUUCGUUCAUUGGCAUCCUCGAUAUGGCUGGUUUUGAGAUUUUUGAGCUCAAUUCGUUCGAACAGUUCUGCAUCAAUUACACGAACGAAAAAUUGCAACAACUUUUCAACCAUACAAUGUUCAUUUUGGAACAGGAAGAGUACCAACGCGAAGGCAUCGAAUGGAAAUUCAUCGAUUUCGGCUUGGAUUUGCAACCUACAAUCGAUUUAAUUGACAAACCCGGCGGCAUUAUGGCUUUGUUGGAUGAAGAAUGUUGGUUCCCGAAGGCAACUGACAAGUCAUUUGUCGAAAAACUCGCUUCAGCUCAUAACGCCCAUCCCAAAUUCAUGAAAACUGAUUUCCGAGGACAAUCUGAUUUCGCCAUUUUACAUUAUGCCGGCAAAGUAGAUUAUGCGGCGACGAAAUGGUUGAUGAAAAAUAUGGAUCCUUUGAACGAAAACAUCGUUUCGUUAUUGCAAGCCUCCCAAGAUCCAUUUAUCGUGCAAAUUUGGAAAGAUGCUGAAAUUGUCGGAAUGGCGCAACAAAUGAACGAUAGUCAAUUUGGAGCUCGUACACGUAAAGGCAUGUUCCGAACAGUUUCUCACUUGUACAAAGAGCAAUUGGCGAAGCUUAUGGAUACUUUGCGGAACACAAAUCCCAAUUUCGUGCGUUGUAUCAUCCCGAAUCACGAAAAACGCGCAGGUCGUAUCGAUGCUCCGCUCGUUUUGGACCAAUUGCGAUGCAAUGGAGUUCUCGAGGGCAUUCGUAUUUGUCGUCAAGGUUUCCCGAAUCGCAUUCCAUUCCAAGAGUUCCGUCAACGUUACGAACUUCUCACGCCAAAUGUCAUCCCGAAGGGCUUCAUGGAUGGCAAAAAGGCUUGCGAGAAGAUGAUUCAAGCCUUGGAGCUCGACAACAAUUUGUAUCGCGUUGGACAAUCGAAAAUUUUCUUCCGUGCAGGAGUUUUGGCCCAUUUGGAAGAGGAACGUGAUUACAAAAUCACGGAUUUAAUUGUGAAUUUCCAAGCAUUUUGUCGCGGUUUCCUUGCCCGUCGCAAUUAUCAAAAACGAUUACAACAACUGAAUGCCAUCCGCAUCAUCCAACGAAAUUGUGCGGCGUACUUAAAACUUCGUAACUGGCAAUGGUGGCGUUUAUACACAAAAGUCAAGCCUUUGUUGGAAGUCACGAAGCAAGAAGAGAAACUCGUACAAAAAGAAGACGAACUCCGUCAAAUUCGUGACAAGCUGGAAGUUUUGGCGAAAACAUCGCAAGAAUACGAAGUCAAGUAUCAACAAGCCAUCGAAGAAAAAACGCACUUAGCUGAACAACUUCAAGCUGAAAUCGAACUUUGUGCCGAAGCGGAAGAAUCUCGCGUUCGUCUCGCCCAACGGAAACAAGAACUCGAAGAGAUGAUGCAAGAUUUGGAAGCUCGUAUCGAAGAGGAAGAGGAACGUGUCAACACAAUGUCCGCCGAAAAGAAAAAACUUCAACUCAACAUUCAAGAUUUGGAGGAACAACUCGAAGAAGAGGAAGAAGCACGUCAAAAACUGCAACUCGAAAAGGUCCAAAUUGACGCAAAAGUCAAAAAACUCGAAGAAGAUCUCGCCAUUGCCGAAGAUCACAACCAAAAGUUCGCAAAAGAGAAGAAAAUCCUCGAAGAACGUGCCAAUGAUUUGUCCCAAACGCUCGCCGAGGAGGAAGAAAAGGCGAAACAUUUGCUCAAGCUGAAGGCGAAACACGAAGCAACCAUUGCCGAACUCGAAGAACGUCUCUUGAAGGAUCAUCAGCAACGUCAAGAGUGCGAUCGCACAAAACGCAAGAUCGAAACUGAACUUACCGACUUGCGGGAACAACUUAAUGAGAGACGCGCGCAAAUCGAGGAGCAACAAAUUCAAUUGGCGAAACGUGAAGAAGAACUUACGCAAACUUUGAUGCGAAUUGACGAAGAAUCCGCAGCAAAAGCUGCCGCUCAGAAGACUCAACGUGAAUUGGAGUCGCAAUUAGCUGAAAUUCAAGAAGAUUUGGAGGCCGAAAAAGCAGCACGUGCCAAGGCAGAGAAGCAAAAACGUGACUUGAACGAAGAACUUGAAGCUUUGAAGAAUGAACUUUUGGAUUCGCUUGACACAACUGCAGCUCAACAAGAACUCCGUUCAAAACGCGAACAAGAACUUGCCACUCUCAAGAAGAGCUUGGAAGAUGAAGCAGGCAAUCAUGAAAAUCAAUUGGCGGAGAUGCGUCACAAACAUUCACAAGAAAUUGCUUCGAUCAACGAGCAACUUGAAAGUAUCAAGAAACUUAAAGCAGGUUUAGAGAAGUCGAAACAAACGUUGGAGGCAGAAAAUGCUGAUUUAGCAACUGAACUUCGAAAUGCAAAUCAAUCCAAGCAAGAAAAUGAUCGUCGUCGUAAACAAGCUGAAUCACAAAUUGCUGAGUUACAGGUCAAAUUAGCUGAACUUGAACGUGCCCGUUCUGAACUUCAAGAGAAGGUCAUCAAAUUGCAACAAGAAAGCGAAAAUAUCACGCAACAAUUGGAAGAUGCUGAACUUAAAGCAUCUGCUGCUUUGAAAGCCGCCAACACGAUGGAAUCGCAACUCACCGAGUCGCAACAACUUUUGGAGGAAGAAACGAGACAAAAACUCGCUUUGAGCUCAAAACUCCGUCAAUUAGAAUCCGAAAAAGAAUCGUUGCAAGAACAACUCGAAGAUGACGAGGAAACAAAGAAGAAUUUCGAGAAGAAAAUCGCAGAAUUGAAUACUGCAGCACAAGAAUACAAGAAAAAAGCAGAAGAGGAUUCUGAGAUCGUUAAAGAACUCGAAGAAUCCCGUAAGAAGUUGUACAAAGACUAUGAAGCGCUUCAACGUCAAGUACAAGAACUCCAAGCUGCCAAUGAUCGUCUUGACAAGAGCAAGAAGAAGAUUCAGUCAGAAUUGGAAGACGCUACGAUCGAAUUGGAAGCUCAACGCACCAAAGUGCUCGAAUUGGAGAAGAAACAGAAGAAUUUCGACAAAGUUUUGGCUGAAGAGAAGGCAAUUAGUGAACAACAUGCCCAAGAACGAGAUGCUGCGGAACGAGAAGCGCGCGAAAAAGAGACUAAAGUGCUUUCUGUGACACGAGAACUUGACGAAGCCUAUGAAAAAAUCGAUGAUUUGGAGUCAAAGAGGAAGGCGUUGCAAAGUGAAUUAGAUGAAUUGGCAAAUACACAGGGUACUGCUGAUAAGAAUGUACAUGAGUUAGAGAAAGCAAAACGUGCCUUAGAGAGUCAAUUAGCCGAGUUGAAGACGCAAAACGAAGAGUUGGAAGACGAUUUGCAACUUACUGAAGAUGCGAAACUCCGUUUGGAGGUCAAUAUGCAAGCGUUACGUGCCCAAUUCGAACGCGAUGUUCAAGCAAAGGAAGAACAAGCUGAAGAAAAACGUCGAGGACUCGUCAAGGCUUUGCGUGAUAUCGAAGCUGAGCUCGAUGAGGAGCGAAAACAACGCGCCGCGGCAGUUGCUGCCAAGAAAAAGCUCGAAGGCGACUUGAAAGACAUGGAAGCAACGCUCGAAAUGAACAACAAAGUGAAGGAAGACGCUCUCAAACAGGCGAAAAAGUUGCAAGCGCAAUACAAAGACGCCUUACGGGAUGCCGAGGAAGCGAAAGCAGCAAAAGAAGAACUUGCCGCAAGUACAAAGGAGAACGAACGCAAGGUUAAAGUUCUCGAAGCCGAAGUACUUCAACUCAACGAAGAUUUGGCGAGUUCAGAAAGAGCCCGUCGUGCUGCCGAAACUGAACGUGACGAGUUACAAGAAGAAAUCAACUCGAACAGCAACAAGGGCACGUUGAUGAUUGACGAAAAACGUCGUCUCGAGGCACGUAUCGCCGCCCUCGAAGAAGAACUCGAGGAGGAACAAAGCAAUUCGGAGCUCGCUAUCGACCGUAAUCGCAAAGCUCAACUUACCAUUGAACAACUUACCACGGAAUUGGCUACGGAGAAAUCGAAUGCGCAGAAACACGAGAACGCCAAGUCCGUCCUUGAACGUCAAAAUAAGGAUCUCAAGGCAAAACUCGCGGAAAUUGAGACGGCACAACGAACGAAAAUCAAGGCAACGAUCUCCGGAUUGGAAAAUAAGAUCAACAAUUUGGAGGAACAACUCGAAAAUGAGACGAAGGAACGCUUGUUGCAACAAAAGGCGAACCGCAAAUUGGACAAAAAGAUCAAGGAGUUGACGAUGAACAUCGAAGAUGAACGACGACAUGCCGAUCAGUACAAGGAACAAAUUGAAAAAUUAAAUAACCGCAUGAAGACCCUCAAACGCAACCUCGACGAAGCCGAGGAAGAGAUCCAGAAGGAAAAAACGCAGAAACGCAAGGCACAACGCGAAUGCGAAGACAUGAUCGAAAGUCACGAGGCCCUUACUCGUGAAGUGAACUCAUUAAAAACGAAAUUAAGACGAGGCGUUGGCAACAUGAGUCUCAGCUCAAGUCGACUCACACAAUCAACGAAACGAUCGGAUGACAGUAUUGUAUCUGCCGCUGACGAAUCGAUGGAUGGCGAGGAAAAUGCAAACUAAAAAUAAAACGCAUGAUGCUUUUUUUUAAAUAAUUAUUUUAAUACAAAAUAUUAUUAUUAUUAUUAACCAAUCAAAAAAAAAAAACUUAACACACAAAAAACAAACAGAAAAGGCUCUAAAACAACGCUGACUGUAAAAUAAUAAUACAAAAAAAAAAUCGGAAAUAAUUCUUCCAAACAACUAAUAAAACUUAAAAUAUAAACAAAAAAAAAAUAAUAAUUAUAAUAAUAAAGUUACACAACAAAAAAAAACAUUUAAUGUAAUAAGCUUAAAAAAGUAUAAAAAACAUGAUUUUUAAUUAAAAAAAUUAAUAUUCU